AUGAAGAUUGAAGUAGUAUCAAAAGAGUCCAUUAAACCCUCAUAUCCAACUCCAAAUAACCUCAAAAUUCACAAUUUAUCCAAUUUAGAUCAGCUUAUCCCUGCAUUCUAUAUGGAUCACAUCCUUUACUAUCCAAGUUUGGAUAGUAAUGAUAGCAGCCUUGGCGAUGAUGAGGAAGAUAAGAAAAUGAUCUUCUCAGCAUCAUCUCGUCAUCGCUGUGACGUUGUCAAGAAAUCCUUAGCCGAGACGUUAACCAGAUACUAUCCAUUGGCUGGAAGGAUAAAAGAUGAGAAAUCUGUUGAGUGUAAUGACGAGGGUGUGGACUAUAUCGAGGCCAGAGUGGUCGGUAUAACAGUCUCUCAAGUUAUACAACUCGCCAGUUCCGAUAUUGAAGUUAUGGAACCAUUCCUACCUUAUGAGCCUUAUGGAGGGACUGGGUCAGCAUUUAGGCGAGCGGGAAUACACUCCAACUCCAAACCUCUCUUAAAAAUCCAAGUCAAUGUCUUCGAUUGUGGUGGAAUGGUUAUCUGUCUCUCCGGCUCACACAAAGUAAUUGAUGCGACUUCUAUCCUUAAUUUUGUGAAUGAUUGGGCAGCUACAGCUCGUGGUGGUUUUGACACUCAUGACGAUGAACUAAAAGUUGCAGUGGUUGACAAGCCUUGUUACAUAUUUUCAUCAAUGUUCCCACCAACAAGUUUUGGCAACCAAGAAGAAAAAGAUACUGCAGAUCAAGCCCAACUUGUACCAGAUCGAAUUGAAAUAGUGACUAAAAGAUUUGUGUUUAAGGAUUCUAGUAUAGCUAAACUCAAGAAAAAGUGCAUCCACGUAAACACUAAUAACGGAUCAGAUCAUCAGGUUGAUAAGCAAGAGCAUAACAUGCAGCAGAUGCCGUCACGUAUUGAAGCAUUAACAUCCCUUAUAUGGAUGUGUUUCAUGGAUGUGGAUCGUCGAUUCAAAGUGAAACAAAUAGACGAUGCUGUCAGCCCUGUCAAUACUGUAAAUGAGGUUUCUCUUCCAAAGCAGGUGCAGUACGUAGCAGGAUUUGCAAUAAAUUUGAGGACUAGGACGAUUCAACCGUUGCCAACCAACAGUUUCGGGAAUAUGACUGACACUGCGAUUGCAGAAGUUACCCUUAACCUAACUGGUAGUGAUCAUUUCAACAACGAGAAAGGUAUUCGUGAUCAAAGCCAAAACUAUCCAGAGUUGGUGUCCAAGAUCAAGGAUUCCAUAAAGUUGGUCGACAAUAAGCACAUAGAAGCCAUGAAAAGAAACCUUGCAAUCUCGUGCAACAAUAUAAAGAUGCAUCAGAUGAUGAAGGAAAGUACAUUUGAUCAAAACACUAGAGAGUUACUAAUGUUCAGUAGUUGGUGUAGGUUCCCCAUAUAUGAAGCAGACUUUGGUUGGGGAAAACCCAGUUGGGCUAGCAUUACUAAGCUACUUUACAAAAAUUGUGUUAUGUUUCUCGAUACAAGUUCAGGGGAUGGGAUAGAAGCAUGGGUAAGCUUGAAAGAGGAAGACAUGGUUGAAUUUGAACGUCACGAGGAACUUGUUGCAUUGGCUUCUUAA